CUUGGCUCUGCGAAAUCCAUCCCUUGGCCUCUGCGAGUAUCCAGCACUCAGGCGAGACCAAACUUGGUCUCCAACACCCCCCACCAGGAUGUCCCCCAAGAUCUCCUUCUGGCUGCUGCUGCGUUUGGCCGUCCUUCUGGCAGCUCUUCUGGUACAGUCCAGCGAAGGGGCCACCUACCAGGAUUUCAGAAACAGGCACAUAGAUCAUCCGAAAACCAGAGCCGCCAACAACAACGCCUACUGCAACCUCAUGAUGAGGCGGAGAGGCAUGAUGAAUCGCACUUGCAAGCCCACCAACACGUUCAUCAACAACAGCCCCAACCACAUCCAGCAUGUCUGCCGCGGGGGAGGGCGCCGGGUGAAUAGGAAUAUUUUCGAAAGCAGAAGGCGUUUCAGUGUCAUCACCUGCCGCAGUAGAGGCCGUUUCCCUAACUGCCAAUAUGUCGGCAGAAGACAGAGCAAGAGAAUCCGUGUGGGCUGCGUCCGCAGCCUGCCCGUCCACUUUGACAGGCUCGUCUAGGGCGAAGCAGCCCGCAACCCACCCGCAGGAAGCCAGAAGUGGAAUGGAAUCUUGAAACGGCGGCCAUCUUGUUCUGCUUUGCUUGAUGCGUUCUCAGCAAUGGAUCUCUGGGCCAUCGUCACUGUUCAUACUCAAACUCAGUUAGCAGGUGUUCCUUCUCCCCAGGGAAUCCCGGGAAUCGUCGUUCUGCACAAGAGAGCUCAAAGAUCACUAAUGCAGGAUGUUCGGUGUUAGGCUUGCCAAGUCCCCCCGGGGGGCGGGGAAACCCCCGCCCCAGAGGCCCGUU